AUGAAUCCUCCCAAACCCUCGCCGAACCAGACGUCGCUGUUCCAGGUCUAUCUCAGACUGCGUCCUCCCAUCACCAAGCAAGAGGCUUCAAAUGCUCAGCUUGGAGAGAGAUUUUUGAAUGUCGAGCCUCCCACCCCUGUCGAGGGGAAUCAGAACUCCCAUGACACCACUAGCCACCCGACCCAUAUUACUCUGCAGCCUCCAAAUGACUCCCGUAAGCGCGCCGUGGAGAAAUUCGCGUUUACAAGGGUUUUCAAGGAGGACGCCAAACAGCUUGAUGUUUUCGAAAAUACUGGGAUGCCCUCAUUGAUCAAUGGUGUGCUGAAUGAAGGUCGAGAUGGUCUCGUCGCGACGUUGGGAGUUACAGGGAGCGGGAAGAGUCACACUAUCCUUGGAUCGAAAGCGCAACGCGGAAUCACGCAGAUGUCGUUGGACGUCAUCUUCAAGUCGCUAUCAUCUACCAUUCGAUCCGCAGACAACCUGGAAGACCCGACUCUCCUAGCUUCUCUAGCUGCAUCGGACCCAUCCGAAGCGCAAUUAUUCUCUGCGAAGACAUUCCUCGAGAGUAUCUACGGCGAUCCCCAUGCUGAGCGGGGUAGAAAUUCAAGAGCCCAAACUCCAAUGGCAUCUUCAAGAGCUCAGACACCAAUGACGGAUUCCUUAUCCACUCCGAUCUUUCCACGGCGCCAUCUGCUCCAGCGGCCGAGCGCACUUCCCCAGCUUCCUGAUGUCAGCCACUUGACAGUGCCAGUUAAGUCCAAGAGCGAACACGUGGUAAUCGUUUCCAUGUACGAGGUAUAUAACGACCGCAUUUUUGACCUUCUGUCACCAACGCUAGUCCCCGGUCCGGGAGGCAUGGUGGCACGGCAGGGAGGGAACGGCCAGAAAGACAGACGACGACCUCUACUUUUCAAAUCCACUGAGGGCUCCCCUGACCGCAAGGUUGUUGCGGGACUGCGAAAAGUGGUCUGUGGCAGCUAUGAGGAAGCAUUGAUGAUUCUGGAAACUGGUCUUAUUGAGCGCAGAGUCGCUGGAACAGGAAGCAACAGUGUGAGCUCACGCAGCCACGGCUUCUUCUGCAUAGAAGUCAAGAAGAAGGUCAAGGGCCGGAGACACGGGGAAGAAACCUGGUCAGGUCACACGUUGACAGUGGUAGAUCUUGCUGGUUCUGAGCGCGCAAGGAAUGCGAAGACUGCCGGCGCAACAUUAGCUGAGGCGGGAAAGAUCAACGAAAGUUUGAUGUAUCUCGGACAAUGUCUGCAGAUGCAAAGCGAUUUCCAGGACGGAAACAAGACAAUGCAAGCUCACAGAACUGUUGUUUUCGAACUCCUUCCCAUCUCCCAGCCAACACGCGACAUCACAUCACCGACAUCCGCAGAAAGCAAUAAUGAUCGUCACUG